CAGAAAAAUUAACAGAAAAUAAGGCAAUAUUUUAUACAAUGUUGAAAGUGAAUGCUAGGCGACCAGUCAAGAAAAACUUGUCUGACAAAUCACUUACAACUCCUCUUUUAUGUAAAGUCAACACACACACACACACACACACACACACACACACACACGUCCUCUGUCGAAACGACAAUAAGCAGUAACCAACCAGAGAUACACAAUACAAUACAUUACAAUGACAGUAACAACCAACACAUAAAAAGGAUGGAACUUCAGCCAGCUGUGAUGCCUAAUAAACUAAUAAAAAGGAUGGAACUUCAGCCAGCUGUGAUGCCUAAUAAACUAAUAAAAAGGAUGGAACUUCAGCCAGCUGUGAUGCCUAAUAAACUAAUAAAAAGGAUGGAACUUCAGCCAGCUGUGAUGCCUAAUAAACUAAUAAAAAGGAUGGAACUUCAGCCAGCUGUGAUGCCUAAUAAACUAAUAAAAAGGAUGGAACUUCAGCCAGCUGUGAUGCCUAAUAAACUAAUAAAAAGGAUGGAACUUCAGCCAGCUGUGAUGCCUAAUAAACUAAUAAAAAGGAUGGAACUUCAGCCAGCUGUGAUGCCUAAUAAACUAAUAAAAAGGAUGGAACUUCAGCCUGCUGUGAUGCCUAAUAAACUAAUAAAAAGGAUGGAACUUCAGCCUGCUGUGAUGCCUAAUAAACUAAUAAAAAGGAUGGAACUUCAGCCAGCUGUGAUGCCUAAUAAACUAAUAAAAAGGAUGGAACUUCAGCCAGCUGUGAUGCCUAAUAAACUAAUAAAAACACGGACUUCACUGUAAGUGACCUCCCACCAGCAUGACUUAAAGGACAUCACCCGCACAACCAACUCGUUUUUCCCAGUACAGACAACAUAGCAACAUUGACCUAUUAUACACAGCACAUGCAUAGUCAACUCAGUACACCAUUUUUAAUAAAGGUUAAAUUCACUAUGAUCACACAAGUGCCUUUUUAUAUCAAUUAUCUGACAUGACUGGAAACUACAAACCGGUGUGCAGACUACAGAAUUUUUUUGCCUUGGUCUCUCUCUCUUCAUUGUCCACCUUUAGGUUCUUUCUAACCAUCUCUCUCUCUUUUGGGAAUGCACAAAUGGAUUUGCAAGACAAAGGGCUUUAGGACUGGUAUCUAUCUCCUGGAUACAUGGGAGUCAUUGCCAGGACACAAUACGUGUUCUAAAUUGACCUCAAGUUAAAAUAUAUAUACUUUCAUUCUGGAUUACUAAUGACUGAAUAGGCCUAGUUCAAAAUAAUUUCCAUCUGCAUUGUUUAGUUCAUACACACCUUUUUGCACAUUUUAUUAAAGUUUUGUGAAAAUUGUAAAGUUGCUCAAACAAUUAUUCUCCAUAGUAUUUUCUAUUAUCACAAAACAUGUAUUUCUCAUUUAAUGUAUCAUUCAUAUUUCUCAUUUUUCAGGGUUGACAGGAGGAUGGCCAACUUCAAGGGACAUGCUCUUCCUGGCAGCUGCUUUCUGCUGUUAGGCCUGUGUUGGUCAGUGAAGUACCCUCUCCGACACUGCUGGAGAAGGCAUCAGCCUAAAGGAAGACAAAAACUGCCUCUGUUCUUCAACAGAAUCGACUUAAUUGAGGGGGCACUCAUCAUUUUCUUAGCAUUUGUGGGCAUCAUGGCAGAGCAGUUUGUGCCCGAUGGGCCCCAUGCCCACCUGUACCUCAGAGAGACUCAGUCCUGGGUGAAGCUGAUGAACUGGCAGCACAGCACAAUGUAUCUCUUCUUCGGCAUCUGGGGAAUUGUUAAAGUCCUCAGUAUGUCAUCGCUUCCAGUCCCACUUGGUUUUGACCGACUUGCUCUCUCCCUGGCUUUUUUUAUUGAAGGGUUUCUGUUUUACUUCCAUGUACACAUGCGCCCUCCUCUGGAUACCCACAUCCACUCCCUGCUGUUUGUGGCGAUGUUUGGUGUGGCGGCCAGCACGCUGUUAGAGGUGUUCAUGCGAGGUAACAUCAUACUGGAGCUGCUCAGGACCAGCCAGACCAUCCUGCAAGGCUCCUGGUUCUUUCAGAUUGGAUUCGUGCUGUACCCAUUAAACGGAGUACAGUGGGAUCUGAAGGAACACGAUAACAUAAUGUUCAUCACCAUGUGCUUCUGCUGGCAUCUAGCUGUGGCCCUGCUGAUCGUUGGCAUCAACUACUGCAUAGGCUGGUGCUGUGUACAAAGAUGUGCAGGAAGAGGAGGUGACAUAGAGAUCGGGAUGAGAAACGCAUCCAGCUCCCAGAAGGCUCUGCUACAGGAUUCCGAUGAAGAGUAAGCAGAUGGAUCAUGAAGUGUACCACAGGAGGUUGGUGGCACCUUAAUUGGGGAGGACGGGCUCGUGGCACUGUUAUUGUAUUCUCUCCAAUUGUUUUUUUUGUCUUUAGUUUAACAGUUUUUUCCUGUUUGUAUCCAUGCUAGCGUGUAUAUUUUUUAUUUUGAGUGAUAUUUUAUCAAUGAAAUAAUGAGAUGCCUUGUUGAGUUCAGAUUAAGGCCAAAUUAAUUGUAAAUAAAAUGAUUUACAAAUGCAUGUAAUUGAAAGUAUAAAAGCUCAUUUCUGAUUGUCAAGAUAAUUGAAAUGUACUAGCAUUCCUUCGAGGUUUCUUCCCUGAAGUGAAACAUUAACACCUGACAGGGUUUCCUCAUCCCGCCUGUGGCUAUAGAGCAACGUGCUUCUUUCCCUCCGGAAAACAGAAUGUCUAAUGGAUUACACAGAACAAAAAUAUAAACGCAACAUGUAAAGUGUUGGUCCCAUGUUUCAUGAGCUGAAAUAAAAGA